AUGUUCGCUUCUCUGCUGCUCGCAUUAUUUGCCAGCCAGGCGUAUGCCCAUGUGGCCAAGCUUGAGGCUCGUACACUUUCCAACACACCUCAGACGUCCGGCUACAGUACCUUCGACCUCUUGGAUAUUCCAGGACCAUCGCGCUCCUAUACCACUCUCAGCACCGUUCCCUCUAUUUGCGCUCAAUACACUGGCUCUGGGCAGGAAUGUGAAACGACCAUGCAAGCCUUCGACGUGACGUUGGGAGACUGUGGGUCGACCUGGACGCUCUGCAGAUGCACGAACGCGGACAUCGGUCUGGAAGAGGCCAUGGACCAUCUCGCCAGGGUACCGAUAGGGCUGAGGAGGAAUGUUGGGACGGUAAUGAUCAUGCCGGAUACUACUGCCCAUGCGUACACGCUGGGCGGAGAUAUUCACUACUUCGGAGUGUGUUCGCAGCGGACCUGGAUACACGAGUCUACUCAUGCCUCCGAUCACGGUCAUUCUGCUUCCCAAGAGUGGGUUGACGCAGUUGACACUGACUCGUGCGUUCCGGAUACCUAUGCCCAAACGAACUACGUUGAGGACUUUGCACAAGUCUCCGUACUUGAAGUCUACUGGCAGUACCAUGGUGCCCUCCCAUCGCCCUAUGUUUCUACUUGCAUGGAAAACCAAUUUGCCUACAUCAAAAGCCUCGAUCUCUACGCAAACGCUACUCUCUUCGGCGAAACGUGUGCCAUCAGCGACGAUUGGACCAGUGUUCUCACACCGCCGGCGACGACCACUGCCGACCAGGUCAUCACCGGCUCUUACACGACUUUGACCGCCGCAUCGACCGUGACGGCUUCCUCAGGCGCCUUCGGCGCGACUCCCACGACUUCAGGUACUAGCAGCUCGGGUUGUAGUGGUGUUGAUGCUUGGGACGCAAGUGUGGCUUAUACUGGUGGUGAACAGGUCUCGUAUAACGGGCAUCUUUGGACGGCUCAGUGGUGGACUGAGGAUGACACUCCUGGAGGUGCAGCGGGCGUGUGGGUUGAUGGAGGCGCUUGUGCCACUGCAGCAGCAACUGGCAAAGUUUCUGCUUCUGUGGAGCCACCUGUUGCGACCACAACUAGCGUUUAA